AUGGGCGAGUCCAUGGACAUCGUCCGGGCCAUCGACGACCGCUACGGCGACGGCCCCCGGCUCUACGGGCCGCCGGACGCGCAAAAAUUGGUGGCCGCGUUCCGCGACUGCUUCCCGCGCCAGACGCGGCCGUCGUCGCGCGCGGCGUUCCUCUUCCGGUCGUCGGGCGCGCCCGUGUUCCGCGCGGCAUUCGAGGAGACGCUGGAGAAGACGGACGCGCUGCUCGAGGAGCGCGGCGGGCCCUUCUUCGCCGGCGCGGACCUGUCGGCGGCGGACGUCGCGUGGGCGCCGUUCCUCGAGCGCUACGCGGCGCAGCUGCCGCUCCUGCACGACGGCCUGCGGCCGCGCGACGCGUCGAAAUACCCGUCGCUGGCGCGGUGGUACGACGCCCUCGAGGAGCGCGUGCCGGCCUACUGCUGCCGCGUGCGGGGCGACGCGGCGAGCUGGGCCAAGGUCCUCGAUCAGGCGGGCUUCGGGAACGCCGGCGGCGUGCCCGAGCUCCUGUCGUCGGGGAGCGCCUUCGACGACGAGAUCGCGACGCGCGGCGCGGCGAUCUGGGACGACUACGCGGCGACGCGGGACUACGUCGCGUCGACGCCCGCGCGCGAGGCGGCCGCCGCCGUCGUCCGCAACCGGGACGCGCUCGUCGCGGACGCGGCGCGCUUCGGCGUCGACGACGCGGAGGGCGGCCUGCUGGCCGUCGCCGCGGCGCUCCACGAGGGCGCGGCGCUCGGCGACGACGCCGCGGGGCGGCGCGUCGCGGCCUACCUCGACGACCGCCUCUGCGUGCCGCGGGACAUGGGCGCGCCGGCCGCCGCGGCGAUCCGCGCGCUCCUAGACUAUAAUAGCGCACGCUGCGCCUUCCCUGUAAUUCGCAACUCGUAG